UGCGCCUUUGGGCUGUCAGUCUGAGGCGGCGUGGAGGGCGCUGGGAGCUUGGCGACCCGCAGGGAGCUGAGGUGAAGCUGUGGCUUCUGUCUGGCAGGCCGCGCGCGAGCUGGCUGAUUCAGUUUAUAAAAAUGGAAUUUCAAGCAGUAGUGAUGGCAGUUGGUGGGGGAUCUCGGAUGACAGACCUGACUUCCAGCAUUCCCAAACCUUUGCUUCCAGUUGGGAACAAACCUUUAAUUUGGUACCCAUUGAACCUGCUUGAGCGUGUUGGAUUUGAAGAAGUCAUUGUGAUUACAACCAAGGAUGUCCAAAAGUCUCUAAGUGCAGAAUUCAAGAUGAAAAUGAAACCAGAUAUUGUGUGCAUUCCUGAUGAAGCUGACAUGGGAACUGCAGAUUCUUUGCGCUACAUAUAUCCAAAACUUAAGACAGAUGUGUUGGUCCUGAGCUGUGAUCUGAUAACAGAUGUUGCCUUACAUGAGGUUGUGGACCUGUUCAGAGUUUAUGAUGCAUCACUCUCCAUAUUAAUGAGAAAAGGCCAAGAGAGCUUAGAGCCAGUUCCAGGUCAAAAGGGGAAAAAGAAAACAGUGGAGCAGCGUGACUUCAUUGGAGUGGACAGCACAGGAAAGAGGCUGCUUUUCAUGGCUAAUGAAGCAGACUUGGAUGAAGAGCUGGUCAUUAAGGGAUCCAUCCUACAGAAGUAUCCCAGAAUACAUUUCCAUACAGGCCUCGUGGAUGCCCAUCUCUACUGCUUGAAAAAAUACGUUGUAGAUUUCCUAAUGGAAAAUAGAUCAAUCACUUCUAUCCGGAGUGAGCUGAUUCCAUACCUAGUAAGAAAACAGUUUUCCUCAGCUUCCUCACAACAGGGACAAGAAGAAAAAGAGGAAGAUAUAAAGAAAAAGGAACCGAAAUCCUUAGAUAUUUACAGUUUUAUAAAAGAAGCCAAUACACUGACCUCGGCUCCCUAUGAUACCUGCUGGAAUGCCUGUCGCAGAGAUAGAUGGGAAGACUUGUCCAGGUCACGGGUGCGCUGUUAUGUGCACAUCAUGAAAGAGGGGCUCUGCUCUCGAGUGAAUACGCUGGGACUCUACAUGGAAGCAAACAGACAGGUGCCCAAAUUGCUGUCUGCUCUUUGUCCAGAAGAAUCAUUGGUCCAUUCAUCAGCCCAGAUUGCUAGCAAACAUCUGGUUGGAAUUGACAGCCUCAUUGGACCAGAUACACAGGUUGGAGAGAAGUCAUCAAUUAAACGCUCAGUCAUUGGUUCCUCCUGUCUCAUAAGAGAUAGGGUGACUAUUAGCAAUUGCCUUCUCAUGAACUCAGUCACUGUGGAAGAAGGAAGCAACAUCCAGGGCAGUGUCAUCUGCAACAACGCUGUGAUUGAGAAGGGAGCAGACAUUAAGGACUGUUUGGUUGGAAGUGGCCAGAGGAUUGAAGCCAAAGCAAAACGAACAAAUGAGGUGAUUGUGGGAAAUGACCAGCUCAUGGAAAUCUGAAUUCCAAGCAAGUCAGACUCCUUCUUUUUGGCAUCCAAAACUACAGAUGUUGGCUGGCCCACCUGUUUGACUCUGUAUUUAUUUUCCAAUAAAGAAGGACUUCCAAACACAUUC